AUGGUUGCUACUUCACAGUUAACUAUUUUGCGCAAUUUAGUCACGCUACUUAGUCCAUUUAAAAUAGUAACAGAAGAUUUGAGUGCCGAGAAAUAUGUCACAGCUAGUUUAGUUAUACCACUAACAAAUUUAUUAAAACAAGAAAUCGAACAAACUAAGCCAUCAACUGCUAUUGGAGUGUCAGUACAAAAUGAUUUAUUGAAUGAACACAAAAUAAGAGGAAAUCGUUCACCUACAGUAGGCGCUUCUACACGUGGAGAAAAAGAAACAACUUCAUCCUUAUGGGAUAGACAUGAAGAUAUGCUCUUGAAAAAUAUGGCCAAUGCCAAUGAAGUUUCUGGUAGAAGUUUUGGUACGAUACCUGCUGAAUUGAAGCAGUAUUUAGAUCAGUCAAAUAUUUCAAGAACAUAUACAGCCAGUCCCUUGGCGCAGCAGGUCCUCUUGGUUCUAACUAUGCCUUUAACUGUGGAGCGGGCAUCUCACCAGCCGCUGCAGCUGCUUGGAGCACCUGGACCCUAUGGUGUGUUACCAGGAGCCAUUGAAGUCGCAGGAGCAUAUGGAGGCGCUGGUAUCGGAGAUGUUAUUGUCGUGGGUGAGAUGCCAGUCGCUGGCACUACGCUUGUUGCUGGACAGGUGCCCGUUCUCGGAGCUGUGCGUUUCGCUGGUGACCUGCCAGCUUCUGGUACUGUCUCCAUCUCUGGCAGCUGCGGAUGUGUAUGCGGCAAUGCUUACAUUUAU